CAUCAUACGGUACUUCCUUCUGGAACUCCAUCAGAGAGUAACCAUGUUCGACGAUACCGAUAUGCGAGUUUCCAGAGGCGGCAUGUUCCUAUGAUCGCUGGGCUACUUCCAGUGCUCAUGCACGUCUCCCUCGCCCUGUUUUUUCGUGGG